AUGGUCAAACACCCCCUUGAUCCCCUAUCUGUCAACGAAGUGCGACAAGCGUCCCGGGUCCUGUUGAGAGGACUGAGCCUACAGAGAGAUCAAAUCAGGUUCAAAGUAAUCGAUCUCGCCGAGCCUUCAAAAGAUGAGACCUUGGUUCACCUACUGGAGCGCGGCCCUGUGCCCGAUCGCAGAGCUAGGAUCUACUAUCAACAGAAGCGAAAGGAAUUUAUGAGCAGAGGAAUCAUCAACAUAACCAGCGGAAUUCUCGAGAAGACGGACGACCUUCCUGACGCCCAGGGGCCAGUGGACUGGGUCGAAUACGACCUCGUUACCACCGCUUGCAACAACCAUCCAGAUGUCUUGGCCGAGGUCGCUAAGCUAAAAGUGCCCAAGGGAGCACGAGUUCUCAAUGACCCUUGGGCUUACGGAACUGACGAUGCCGAAGAGAGACGCCGUCUCUUCCAAUGUUACAUGUAUCUUGCCCUCAACGAUGACGACGAGGCCAACCACUAUUCCAUUCCACUCCCUCUUGCUCCUAUCUUCGACGCUCAAACUCUUGAGCUAGUUGAGCUGCAAAAGCUUCCUUUGGGGAUCGAUGAUGGGAUCGACGAUGAAACACAACCCUGGAUGCCUGUCGAUCCAGUUGAGUACAGCGCAAACAUUCUCGGACCCGACGCAUUUAGAAAAGACCUGAAGCCAUUACAAGUCGCCCAACCAGAAGGGCCUUCAUUUGACAUCAGCAAUCGUACGGUAUCAUGGCAGAAAUGGCAAUUCCAACUGGGAUGGUCUCUACGUGAAGGCCCAGUUCUGCACGACGUACGUUACGAAGACCGGCCUCUGUUUUACCGGGUAUCGAUGAGUGAGAUGACGGUACCUUAUGGCGAUCCCCGAACACCUUACCACCGGAAGCAAGCGUUCGACCUCGGCGACUCCGGCUUCGGUCUCACUUCCAAUAGCUUGUCUCUUGGCUGUGACUGUUUAGGCCACAUUGCCUACUUCCAUGGCGUUCGGGUUUCAGCAACAGGAGAACCUGUUGUUAUGCCGAACGUUGUCUGCAUGCACGAGAUCGAUGAUGGAAUUGGCUGGAAACACACGAACUUUCGCAACAUGAAGUCUUCUGUAGUCCGGGACCGAAAGCUCGUUGUCCAGUGCACUUCCACUGUAGCCAACUACGAAUACAUCUUGGCAUAUGUUCUGGAUCAAGCCGCGAAUAUUCACAUCGAGGUGCGAGCAACUGGAAUUGUCUCCACUAUGCCAAUCCGUCCCGAACUCAAGACGUCGCCUUGGGGGACAGUUGUGGCACCCGGAGUCUUGGCUGUCAACCAUCAGCAUCUUUUUUGUGUCCGAAUAGACCCCAUCCUUGAUGGGGCACGAAAGAACACAAUUGUUUACGAGGACUGUAUCCCUGUACGAGACGAUCCAGAGCUCGACCCCUACGGAUGUGCGUUCCGACUUGAUACCACACCUAUUGUUUCACCAGGUGGUUACGAUCUCGAUUUAACAAAAGCUCGCACAGUGCCUGAUAAUUGGGAAAUGAAGCACCGACCGAAUCAAUUGAACAUGUUGCAAAUUACUGCUCGAUGA